CAGGAAAGACGUGAAAAAGAGAUCUCACUGCCUCUUGUGACUGCUGAUAUUUGAGACCCAGAAGUCUCCCCAUGGCUCCUUAUCACAUCCGCACGUACCAGGAGAGGGACCGCAAAAGGGUGCUGGAAUUGUUCUCCAUGGGCAUGGAAGAGCACAUCCCUGCCACCUUCCGCCACCUGCUGAAACUGCCCCGAACCAUCCUGCUAUUACUUGGGGUGCCUCUUGCCACAGUCCUGGUGUCUGGCUCCUGGCUCCUGGCUGUUGUAUGCAUCGUCUUUCUGCUUCUCUUCUUGCGGUUCCUUGCCGGCCAGCCCUGGAAGAAUUAUGUGUCCAUGUGUUUGCACACAGACAUGGCUGACAUCACUAAGUCCUACCUGAGUGUGUCUGGGUCAGGUUUCUGGGUGGCUGAGUCUGGGGGACAGGUAGUGGGGACAGUGGCUGCUCAGCCGGUCAAGGAUCCUCCAUUAGGGAGGAAGCAGCUGGAGCUUUUUCGCCUGUCUGUGUCCUCACAGCAUCGAGGACAGGGGAUGGCGAAAGCCCUGGUCAGAACUGUCCUCCAGUUUGCACGGGACCAGGGCUACAGUGACGUUGUCCUUGAGACCACUAUCAUACAGCAAGGUGCUGUGAGCCUCUAUGAGUCUAUGGGAUUCCAAAAGACAGGCCUAUUCUUAGUGGGUGGCAUUGUCAGAAGAGUCAUUGAUUUUUUUGUAAUUCGUUUUAAGUACCCACUCCCUUCUGCUCAGGAACCCAGACUUUGA